AUGGCCGGCGGAGGCCUGGGUGCAGUCGAGGUGCAGAAGGACUCGCGAUCACGCAUCUGGUAUUGCGGAUUCGUGCGGGAGGUGUGCUCCAAUAGCAGCGAGCUCCUUAUUGCCUUCGAGGAGGACAUAUGGCCCACCGACCGGUAUCCGAUCGGCGGCGUGAGGAAAGCAUCAAAAGUCAGCUCGGCGGAGCUUGAGAAGUUUAGCCCCAAGGUCGGUGAGGAGGUGGAAAUGCGCAUCGACGCUUCGCCCCAUGCACCCGCUUGUUGGGCUGUUGGAACGGUCGGCAAGAUCAAGCAUGACUUCUACGUCGUCUCGCUCAGUUCAGCUGGGCAGAAGGGCAACGAUCAGAUCGUCGAGAAGGAGAAGCUGCGACCGGUGGCAUCGGCCAUGGGUCUCACUGCGGAGUCUCUGAGCGAGGAGACCUUCUCGGUGCCGGAUGGCCUGCAGAGUUGGAUGACCACGGAGGAUGGCACAGGCUGCUUCAGCCACAUCCAGGGCCAGGCUGGCCUAGUGGCCAUUCUGGUGCAGCCCGCCCAGAUGGUGCUGAAGCUCGUGGGCGACAAAAAGGCCACCCAACGAGCCAAGCUUCUCCUGGAAGUUCACAUCAAGCACCAGUCACAGAUCCAGAACUUCCAGGAUGUCCGAGAGAAGCGGCUAAAGGCCUUGGAAAACAAGCGCAAUCGCAUCGAGGGCUCGGGUUUCAAGCAUUCCUGCGAGUUCCAGGUCGAUGGCUCCUUCAUCCCCCGAAUCAUCGGAAAGGGGGGUGAGACCAUCCGAGCGUUGUCCGACAAGUUCGAUGUCACCGUGCGGAUCAUGGAGGCGGAGUCGAAGACCGGACCUCGAACGAUCCGCAUCUUCGGGAACAGUGCUGCGAACUUGGCCAAAGCUCGUGCUGAAGUCGAAUAUGUUGAGGAGGCCAUCCCAGUACAGCAAGACCAGAUUAGCUGGGUCCUGGGAAAGGGUGGUCGAACUAUUCAAGGCUUCAAAGAAGCUGCAGGCCUCGUAUACACGAAGCUGGAUCAAGAGAGAGAGCAGCUGCUGGUGUGCGGCCCGCGCUCAGCGGUCCAAGAUGCCAUGGCACUGUUCGACACCCAUUUGAUGUACCAUCCGGUCUUUCGUCAAAUGGACGAGGAGAUGGAGAGCAUCUUCGAAGAGUUAGAGAGCUACGGUGACUGGGAAGCUCGGGCAGAGUGGAACAGUCCCCAAGACGAGGAUUGGUACAAAGGUCGCAGCCAGGGACGAGGCUGGCAAAACUGGCAAAGCUGGAAUGGAGGAGGCUAUGGGUACGGCGGCUACGGCGGUUACGGCGGCUAUGACCGUUACGAUAGCUACCGCUACAAUGGAGACGCUAGACCUUCCCAGCCAUCAUCAUGGGAGGAGCAGCCGGCGGAGCGCUCCGCUGGUGGCAACCGAUGGGACCAGCGACGGAAGGGCGACCGGGAGAAAGGAAGUGAAGAGACAUUCGGCAGCAAAGGAGAAGUCGGUUCCGCAGGCUUGCGAUUACCGAAAGCCAAAGCCGCCGACAGCGAAAGCAGCGGCAAAGGCAAGGGCAAGAAGCCUAGAGAGGUCCAUCUGGAUGAGGAAGAGGAGGUCGUGGAAGCGCCCAAGGGUGGCGGCCGAGCGAGACGAGUUCGUGCAGCGGGCGCCGGAGGACAGGAAGAGUCCUCCGAGAACGGAAGGCCCCCAACUCGACGACAAGGGAAGAUGGGUCUUCGAACUUCGUGA